AUGGCCAACCAGAAAUGGGACCUAUACAAGGGCGAGAUCGAACGACUAUAUAUUCACGAGGACCAAAAGCUGGAAGACGUGAUGAGCUUUAUGGAAACUCAGCACUUCAAGGCGUCAUACACUAGACAACUCAACAAAUGGGGGUUUAGAAAACACUCCGAGUCCAGAAACGAUGAAUGGAUCCUGAAACGAGUGGCCAAACGGAAGCGAAACGGAAAGGAGAGUGAGGUCUUCAUAGAUGGAAUUCAGCUCCAUCCGAAGAAGAUCGCCAAGGCAAAAUACGGAAAGGGCUUCGUGUCAACCAUAUCGCAAUAUGCCCCUUCUCCAAAGACCCCCGAGGGUUAUCUCGUAACAACUCCGCAAAUGACCGGCAUGUGCCUCUCUUGGAGCAGCUCUUUGCCCUGGCUGCGGUUCAUGAGCUUCCUUGAUUCCCCAACAGAACAAGCACCCUCUUUGCCCUCCUCCUCUCUCUUCGUGGACUCAUCGCGUUCCAGCAAUGUCACCAAAGACACCAAUUUUGAGCUAAUGAGACGCUUGAACUCGAUGGUACCCUGGAAUAAACUCAAGCAUCUCGGGAACAUCUACAGUGGGUCACGUACAUCAGCAGCUCUGAGUAUUCUCAUGCCAGAAACGGAGCAAGGACAACUUGAUGGAUGGUCAACCAAUUUGAGUACCUUGAAAUCAGGGCCUAGAGAUCAUUUGACUGUCGUGUUAUACCUCAUUUCAAAUAACUUAAUGUCCCCAGAUGAAGAUGGGCUCUUUGACGAACAAAAGGAACGUGAUUCCAGAUUGGUCUUGAGAUUGCUCAAAGAUAGUGGCUGGGCUGGUCCAGAUCAACUCAGAAUUUUGCUAUCAACCCGUGAGCCCACCGCCGAAUCUAUCGCAGAAAAAGUGUUUGAAAGUGCACUCUGGAUAGGUGACUCGGAGAUUUUUGCUGCCCAGGAGGGGAAUAUUCGCCUCACCAAUCUUCUGAUCAAGUACGGUGCUGACAUUGAACAUGGCCUUGCGAAUGAGGUGGGUAAAACUGCUCUGUAUUUUGCCAUUUCAAGCGAAGACUUGGCGGUUGUUCGGGCGCUACUUCUGCAAGGUGCAAAAGUGACAAGAGAGUGUGCCCGUGCAGCGAUGAGAACCUGUUACUCUUAUCCGCAGGCACUUGAUCUGGUUGGGGAGAUAAUCGACAUAUACCUUGAGGAGCAUCUUGCAGCUGGACGCAAUGAUCCAGAUCUCGUUGUUCCAGCGGUGGAGUCGAAAAAGGCGUGGAUUGUUAAACAUUUCAUUGACAGAGGUGCAAAGCUGAAUGGAUUAAUUGCGCCACCGUACAGUCUUAGACAUGAAGGAAUGGAUAUCUGCUUGCUAGGCCUUGCAGUUAUGAAGGGGAGUGUUGAUAUUGUCCGACUUUUGACUUACUCUACUAUUGGCGCAAACAGACUUUCCUCGCCGCCCUAUAUGUAUCCACUGACUCUAGCAGCCAUGACCGGCGAAACCGAUAUAGCUCAGAUUUUACUAGAGUCAGGAGCUGACGUCAGAGCUGCUGAUGAGGGAGAAACUACUUUACUCGAGCAUGCCGCUCGGAAGAGCAAUCUUAGUCUUUGCCAGAUGUUGAUCAUGCAUGGGGCCAAGGUUGACAGAGAGCCAUGUGAUGCGCAAAAGUCGCCAUCAGCUCUCAUGACUGCAAUUCAGGAAGAUAACGUGCUUAUCGUUGAGCUUUUGAUCAACUCAAACGCACGAUUGAAUGAUCGCUUCGAAGCCGCUCCAGGUAGCGUUCUUGCUGCCGCUCUCGAAGUUGGAAAUGAUGCGGUGAUCGACAAGUUGAUACAUGCCGGUUCUAGAUACGUUGGAGUUAAGAUGGAGAAAAUCGGGAAUUUGCAGACUGCCAUCCUAAUGAAAGAGAAAGGAGUCUUAGCAGGCGUGCUCUGUUCGUCCGACCAUCGGAUUCUUGCAGCUGCUAUAUCAGCGGGACAUGAGGACUUAGCACACUUUUUGCUCCAGAACGGCGCCCAUAAAGAGCACGACGCCCGGGAUCCCUUCUCCACCUUACAUUCGAUGACCCCUCUAGAGGCCGCCACCGAUACAAAUAACAUGAGACUUAUACAGACUCGUCUGGAGCAUGGUGUUGCGGUGACAGAGUAUGCUCUCACAUAUGCGAUAAAGAGGCAUAGUGGACUUCUACCAGUUCUACUAAGAAGAUUUUCGGGGAGAGCCCCAACAGCAGUGGCAGCUGCGUUGAGAGAACCUUCAAUGGCCGCGUUAAAGUUACUUCGAGAGGCAAACGUGGGCUUUACAGGAGCACCUCGGCCACUUGCAAUUGGAUCGAGGCUUAACAUGUGGUAUCAAGUGUGGGAGGAUGAUGUCAAAUCCGUACUUGAAAUGGCGGUUGAUUGGGACGCCGAACGCUCUCAUUUCACAUUCCUUCUUGAGUGGGCAGCCGCGGCUGGGAUACCGUGGGAGCCAGAGCUUGUGUCUCGUGCUUUGAUCAGGACAAUACUAUCGGACGAACAUGACCGGCUGGCUGAGUUGAUGCAACUUGACUUUGAUCUAAGUUACGAUAUGUGGCUGGAAUUAGAGCGGUGUGGGUUCAAUCCUCUGCAAGCUGCCGUCAAAUCACAAUUGGUGUGGGUCGUUCGUGAGAUGCUGAUGAAAGGAGCCGAUGUCAAUCACUUGGGAGACGGUCCUCGCAGACGUACACCAUUACAGCUCGCUGUUGAAGAUGGAAACAUGGAAAUAUUCAAUCUUCUCCUGCAUUACGGAGCAGAUGUAAAUGGUCCCGCUGCUGAGGAAUAUGGUGCGACCGCUUUGCAGAUUGCGGCCAUACGUGGAUUCAUCGGCAUUGCUCAGAGACUGCUUGACCUCGGCGCGGAUGUCAAUGCAAAACCUGCAGUGAAAGACGGGCGCACGGCUUUAAUGGGUGCUGCCGAACACGGUCGAAUUGAUAUGUUGCACCUGCUGCUUGAUCGAGGAGCACUCAUUGUGGGUGCGCAGCGGUUCUUUUUUGAUGAAGCCGUGAGGCUGGCGAAAAGUAAUGGCCAUUAUGCCGCAGCAAGGCUCUUGGUUUCUUUUGAGGUCUCGCUUGUAGCAACCGGAGAUUUCGUCGAGGAUGGCGCUGAAUAUCCUGCUCAUGUCGCAAGGGACUUCGAUAACUAUACCCAGAACUGGUGGUAG